UCUCUGGGAGUCGCAGCGUUAAAGCUCUGCUAAAGUGAGAAAGGCCAAAACCAAUCUCAUCAAAGCACUGCGCCUUUGUCUCUCCAAAUCUCUCUUUCUUUCUCUUUUUGCUGUAUAUAACCAAGCCCAGCGGCUAUCAACGAGGAGCAAGUAGUAUUUUUUUUUUCAUUUAUCAAACCAGAAGCAAAGAGAGGCCAGCUCGUUGAUUAGACAUAGAGAUCAUUGCGGGAGUAGUUUCAUCUAAGUGGAUAUAACAGAUCGAUGGGGUCGACUUCAAACGGGAACGAGGACAAGGUGUUGGAGACUGUGAUGGUGGGGAGGUACGUGGAGAUGGAGAGCGAAGGGGAGGAGAAGACCAUCAAAUCCAAGCUCUCCGGCCUCCUCUGGCACGGUGGCUCCGCCUACGACGCCUGGUUCAGUUGUGCCUCAAACCAGGUGGCUCAGGUGCUGCUAACACUGCCUUACUCAUUCUCCCAGCUGGGGAUGCUGAGUGGAAUCUUGUUCCAGCUCUUCUACGGCUUGUUGGGAAGCUGGACUGCUUACCUCAUCAGCAUUCUCUACGUGGAGUACAGAACCAGGAAGGGGAGGGAGAAGGUGGACUUCAGGAACCAUGUCAUUCAGUGGUUUGAAGUACUAGAUGGGCUACUGGGGAAGCACUGGAGAAACGUUGGAUUAGCAUUUAAUUGCACCUUUCUUCUCUUCGGAUCCGUCAUUCAGCUGAUUGCUUGCGCUAGUAACAUAUACUACAUCAAUGACAAGCUAGACAAGAGGACCUGGACCUAUAUCUUCGGUGCUUGCUGUGCCACCACGGUCUUCAUCCCCUCCUUUCACAACUACAGGAUAUGGUCAUUCCUAGGCCUCCUAAUGACCACCUACACAGCCUGGUAUCUCACCAUCGCUUCUCUCCUCCAUGGCCAGGUGGAAGGGGUGAAGCAUUCGGGACCAACCAAGCUGGUUCUCUACUUUACAGGCGCCACCAACAUCCUCUACACCUUCGGUGGGCACGCUGUCACAGUGUAAGGCGACAUCACGUAAACUCCUUCAAAGUACAAGACGUAAAACAAAGCAAACGCCAACUUAAUGCGCC